CGUUUUAACUUUCUUCUAUUUUGUUAAUUGAAAAAAUGUUCUGAAAAAACUUACCAUUGCCCAUGAUACCCAAUUCUCAAGUCUAAAGAGUCCAUGUGGCAGGUCUUCCCAUCCGUGGCCCCGACCCACCUAGUUUCACUGCCCUCAAGGUCACCAGUGUACCCACUUUUCUCUGUAUCCCUCCAGAGAUGGUCUGUCCUGUAUAAGGCAAUUAUGGGCAUAUUCUCCAUUUUCUCAUUGACUUGUCUAUAAAAUCUUUUGAAUUAAUUUUCCAGGUUCAAAAGUAAUCAGACGAUAUUUUCAUUGAGAUCCCAAUCCAGUUACAGGUGAACUUUUAUUUAUCCAAGAGAAUGGUGUGCCUUUUCAUUUCCUCACAUCUUCUUUUUCAACCUGACGGAUCUCUAUAAGUUUUCUUCAUACAGACCUUGCACAGUUCUUGUUAGCUGGUUUUUGUUUCUCUGCAUGAAGAAAGUGUGCCUCUCUGUGUGCCUCUGUGGUGUGUAUCCAGCCACUACUAAUUUUCUUGCUCUUUGUAGUAGAUUUUAUUCUCUGGAGCUUUCCCAAUAUACAGUCAAAUCAUGUGCAAAUAAUAAUUUCACCUCUGUUUUUCUAGUAGUUAAUAUUAGAAUAUAUUUGGCCUGUGCACAUUUUAUCAUCUCUGUUUACCGUUAUCAGAACCGCCCCAGUGUCUGCUAUAGGUUCCACAUACUGUGAGUGGCCAAAACCCUACCUGGAACCUGCCUGAGAGAACACAGUCUCUUCACUAAUAGCAGUUACCAUCUUUGGGUUUCUUGUCAAUACAAAACCUUAUACAUAGGACACACCCAAAGUGUGCUUUUUAAAUGAAAAUCAAAUACAAGUAGGUUAAAAGAGGAAACAAAGAACACUGAAAUAUUUCUGAAUUACAAAUCUGUUGGAGGACUGUGGGUUCAGUUUUCUUUCUGAUUCUUUUCCACACGGCCAGGGGUCUGUCUGCCGCUCUCCAGACUCCAUGUGGUGGAGUGGUUCACACCUGGUCUCGUCAUCCUACCUCUGCUGGCUGCUAAGACCUCUGUAGUGUUGAACGAGUCGCUCAGCCUCUCUAAAGUCUCAGUUUCCUCUCUGGUAGACUGGGAAUUACACUUAAUGGUUAUUAUAAAGAUAGAAAAGGUAAUGUGUGUAGAGCACACCACUUGAUAGGUAGGAAGUCCUCAGUAAAUGGUAAGCUACUGUUAAUUCUGAUUCAUGCCUCCGAUGAAUCUUUUUGGCUGCCAGAUUUCAACUGAAGGUGUAGAUCAGAAUAACUCCUCCUUCAUGUUAGCUGUCACGGCAGUGCUGUAAGUUCUAGCCCAAGGCCCCUCCUCGUACCCACUGCUGCUGCCUGAUUGCCUGCUGCCCACCACACUUGUUCUUGAAUCACUGCUGCUAUAGUGAGCUUUUCCAAACCGAAUUUGGAGUAUUUAUUUAUUUUCCCUGCUUAAAUUGUAUGGCCUCCCGUGUGCAGGAAAAAGUCAAGCUCCUUAGACAGGCUUAUGAGAGCUGACCUAUCUCUCCAUUCAGGUUACCUGCAGCCCUCCUGGCCUCUCACCCAUUUCCCGAGAGGUGCUCCUGGUGGCCCUUUUCUGGGCUGGUGUGGUUUUUGGACACACUGAUUUCUCCCUGUCUUUUGCCCAGAGUGUCCUCUGUCUUCCCUCCAGUGCUCCAGGCUGCCUGGUGAACUCCUACUCCAUCUUCAAAGCCCUAAACUGGGCUCAUUGACAAUGCACCCAAGAAGAGCCAGCCACUGCUGUCCUGAGUUAGACCACGUGCAUCUUGAUUAUAAGAUGCAAGUCUUAUCCGACCAUAGCUUUAGGCUGAGCCAGCUAACUGUUGUUCUGUGUGUUGAUCAUUUGGUUAUUUAUGUACUUCUCUUACUGGACUUUGAGUCCCCUGAAGGUGCUGUCUCUAAUCCUGAGUUCUUCAAUUAUGGGGUGGAAGCAUACGAAGCCUGUAAAAAGGGGGCUCUGACCAGUGACAUAAUUGACGAGCAGAAAAAGGUUCAGGAAGCUGAUCUAGUGAUAUUUCAGUUCCCGCUGUACUGGUUCAGCAUGCCGGCUAUCCUGAAGGGCUGGAUGGACAGGGUGCUGUGCCAGGGGUUUGCCUUCGACAUCCCAGGAUUCUAUGAUUCCGGUUUCCUCAAGAAUAAGUUGGCCCUCCUUUCAUUAACCACGGGGGGCACAGCCGAGAUGUACAUGAAAACUGGAGUCAGCGGAGAUUAUCGAUACUUCCUAUGGCCCCUCCAGCAUGGUGCCUUGCACUUCUGUGGAUUUAAAGUCCUUGCCCCUCAGAUCAGUUUUGCUCCCGAGAUUGCAUCAGAAGAAGAGAGAAAGGCGAUGGUGGCCUCCUGGGCCCAGAGGCUGAAAACCAUCUGGGAGGAAGAGCCCAUCGACUGCACGCCUCCGUGGUACUUCGGGCAGUAAUGCUUCGUGCCACGUCCACAUCACAGGAGCAGCACACGGGGAGCUGCAGGCAUAUACACAGGGAGCAGGGUCCUGUAAUAAAACAAGGUCACAACCAA